AUGCGCGCAGGAGCGUCAGAGGUACCGUUGGCCUUCGUACACGAUACCUGGGACGACAUCCCUUCGAACCGCGCUUCCCAGAGCCUCGGACGACGCUCGCGCGAAAAUGCCGAUCCUGCGGCACCUGCCAACUCCCCGGAGAGUCCUGUGAAGCGCCGCCGACUUGAUACCGUUCAGAUGCAUAUCCCUGCGUCACCGCAUCAGCCAGGACCACCUACUACACAAACUUUCGCCUACAACGCACUGGCUAGAAGCCCUCAGACCCCAUCUCGUCGUCUUGCACGCCCCUACAUUGCAUCGCCACCUUCGAAACCAGCGAAGUCCCGAAAGGUUCCGAUUCUGGCAAGGUCGCUAAGAGCGCGCUUGGAGGCGAUGGCAAGACGCGAUCCUGUCGCGAAAGUGCUCCUCGAGGCCGGCUCGAGGGGAUCUGCUCCUCGCCAAGAUGUCGUCGUUGACCUAGAGGAAGAAGUGUCAGCGAAGCCCCCAGUCCGUCGCGUCUACCGAGCUCGCCAGCAAAAGCUCGACCUCUUCUUCUGGUUCCUCGAGCAUGUCCUUGGCUGGACCUAUGGCGAGCUCCUAUACUACUCAGGACGCGGCACGGGAAAGGGCAUGGCGAGCGACACCCAAUAUCACAAGGUGUCGCGCUUCUUCUCAGGACAGCUCGACAUCGAAUACUGCCCUUCCCGCAUCCUCGAGAUGUGGUUCUCGCACGCGUACGGUGCCGGUUGCUCGGAUCCCAACCACCUCUACGCUUUGGAGCCAAAAUACACGGACAUGCGCGAUAUGCGCGCUUCACUCACGUCAUUUGCUGCUCAGGCGGUAGCGCAGCAAUUGGAGCGCGAAGCUGAGGUCGCUAUUCGCCCCGAAAACGGACUGCGGGUAAGCACGCGGAAGGCGCGGAGCCGCGAGGGGCUGGUUACUGUUCGAAAGCGAAGGCCUGUGGAGAAUGUGGCUACAAAUGUUAUCAGUACUAUGCUAUUCUCGCGCUCGGACCGUGCCAACCUGCUUCCCAUCGCCUCUGGCAUCCUGCACUUUGGCUGUCUCGCGGCCUUCGACCUCUAUCGCUACCACAGUCGAAUUGGCAACAUGCCCGCAUACACGACGAUCAUGCGGGCGAUGCGGCGGCUCGCAGAGCACUCCACUGCAGAAGCGCUGGCCUACGGAUCAAACCCGUCAACUUUGAACAUUCUUCGAGGAGAUAAUGUUCACAAUUACCAUCAGCAUCGCGACCCCGGCAUCGGCUUCGAGAAUGAGCUGAAAACGGGCUACUACGGCGCGCUGUACGAAGCGGAAGACUACGUACCGGUCUCAGUGUUCGACAUCGAAGAGAAGCGCCGCUAUGUUGACCUUGGGAAGCGCCGCGAGGUCAACGUCGACAUGCUUGUUGACCUCAUUGACUUCAGACACCUGAAUACCGUUCUGGCCUUGCAAUGGGUUCAGGUUCUAGUUGACUACAUCCCCGAGCUCUCGCACCUUUCCGCACCCCUUCGCACAAUGCAUUCCGAGCUCGCAUCGAAGCUUCCGCUCCCGAUCCGGAAGACAAAGAUACAUCCGCUUGGCUGUUGCUCCAAGAACGAGAUGUUCUAUCCCGAGCUUCGCGACGCCCAUCUGGACAUGCUGGAUCAAAUAGGGCAGACGCGGGAGAGGCAUGGGACACACCUUGUCGUCACCGGGGGUGAUGGUUACACAUACCAGCGCCUUCUGGAGAUGCUGGAUAUGCUUCAGUUCGAGGGCAACGUUGUUGACAGCCUCGAGAUUAUUCUCCCAUUCCUUGAGGGCUGGCAUCAGGAAUUUACAGCCAACAACGAGAUCAUAGAGACACACUAUGGCGAGCCCCUCACCGCGGAUUAUUCGACUCUUGGCCAUAGCGCGGCCAAGCUGGGGCGACGGCGGCCAGCGGACCUGAAGAAGCUCGAUUAUGCGCAGGGUGCGCAGCUCAUGUAUCUUGUUCUCGAUGCCCGCAUGCUGGACUGCUGGAGACUAUCUUUCAAAGCGGACGACAUCUUCGAAUAUUUUCGCGAUAAGAAGCGGCUGGGGGCGCUACCGUCACUGCAAGCCCUUUUCGAAGAUGCGAAGAAGCUUACCCGAGCGUACAUGAGCCUCCGAGAGCAUCAAAACAUCCUCCGUGGCGAUGGCAUUGAGGAGCUUGGCAUACCUAUGGGAGAUCGGUGGGAUGGCGUCAUCGAGGACGAUUCCAGCAAGGAUUUCAGCUUCAUCAACCAGGGAAAACGUGCAGCUCACCUUGGCUCAAAGCGCACGAAGGGGCGGAAGGCCAUGGCGCAGCCAGGGCUGCCGAAGAAAGGUGGUGCUGCACCUGAGGGUGAUGAACGCGAGGGAGACCUGGCGCUUGCAAAUUCACGCACCUUCAUGCGCGCCGCUGCGCUCUCACGAGAGAGCAUGCGUGCUGCUGCUGCUGGUGAUCCUGGGCGCGUGUACGAGGUCACAAAGUACCAGCUAUUCCAAUUUGCGGGAUCCUCGUGCACUAAUUACACCGACUACCUCCUCGAGAAGAUCAUCUCAUUCGAGUACGAAAGCAGCCCCGAAAUGAAGACCGCUCUCUUGCAGCUCUCGCUUGUCAACCCUUCAGGUCGCGCCAACCACUUCUGCCAUGGGGAUCUUCUGCAGGAGUACUUCAACCGCUUGCUGGACUCCGUCGCGCAGCAUAAAGGUGUCGACUAUUCAGAUCGCUUCUUGCGCGAGAUCUGGUCACGGAACAUCUACUACGUUGCCCAACUGAAGAUGGAAUCAAUGCAAUCCUUAGGGCUUGAGAAGCGGUCCGAGAAGCACACUCACCCCAGUACAAAUCCGGAGAUUCGCACGCUUCUUGCGCUUUACCGAGCGCACGAACUUCACUGCUUCCGUGCUGGAAGAGUCCUGGAUGGAGCCGAAGACCGAGAGCGAUUCAACAGAGGGCUUGACAACCUCCAACGCAGGAAACUGGCGAAGUUUGUGAGCAGGACAUCCCGGAAGCGCGGCUGGGCGCGACGACUGGCAAAAGAAAAUAGCCCGCAGGACGUAGAUGGAGAUGCCGGAGGUGCGGGAGAAGAACAGGAGGAGGAGGCGCACCUGGAUGAUGGAGCUAGCGAGUCUGCGGAGGACGUCGCACAGCCGGUGCGCCCCGGUGUAGCCUUCAUUGCAUUGAGCAAUGAUCGCCUCGUCAUCCGCCCUGUCGACUUUGAUGAAGAGGCGAUUGAAUUGUUGGAGGAACUGGAGAAUUCACGCCGGCUGGUCAGCGAAGAUGAUGAAGGACCAGGAGAUGAAGACCUACCACCCUCAGACGACACUUUGCCCUCCUUUGAUGACCCGAUGCUCGGGGGUACGGAUGACGAGACUGCGUGA